UUCUUACUACAUUAAAAGAAUGACCAGAAAAUUGACUUUGAAAAUCCAGUUUCACUGCCCUGAAAUUGCUUUGGGUUUAAUACCAGUGCUGGAGAGGACAUAAUAAGAAAGACCUAAAGGCAAAAACCAUGAUGUGAAACAGAUAGAUGGAUUCAGUGUGCCCAAGGAGAGGAAAAGUACCAGGCGUUGGUGUUCCCGCGGGGUAUUAUUCUAUCUUAUCAAUGCAUGAAGGGGAGGCAGGAUCCCGAGUGUCGGCUGGGCGUGGCCAUCCCGCUGACUCCACCCAGAGGCACCCACGGAAGGUCACCGCUGACGCACGCUCCUUCUGUACGGACUCUUUAAAAACGCGGAAAUUUCCCUUCGCGGCAGAUCAGAACUUUACCUCCACCUGAACUUACUUUCCUCUGCAGCCUCUCUCUUCUCGCGCUUGUAGCUGACAUCGCCAUGAGCAACAUCCUGACCAGCCUUGAGGACAGCUCCUUCUCCUGCAGUUGUGCCAAAGAGAUGAUCAAUGGAGGCAUCCACGGCCACCUCAACGACUGCUCCGCCAGGAACCUCAAAACCUCCGCCAACGUCAAGGGGCCCAAGAAGGACCCCCUCCCCAAGGACGAGGAAGACUUCUUGAAGGCCGUCUUCCAGGUAAUACUGGAGGACGGCAUCAGGAAAGGGCGGGACAUCACGCAGAAAGUCGUGGACUUCCACCAGCCGGACGAGCUGAAGACCCUGCUGGACCUGGAGAUCCGGGACGCGCCCGAGGAUCACCAGGGUCUCAUCAAGCACAUGAAGGACACCGUCAAGUACAGCGUCAGAACAAGUCACCCCCGUUUCUUCAACCAGCUGUUUUCGGGGCAGAAUUCUUACGCCCUGGCAGGCCAGUGGCUCACCGAGACACUCAACACCAGCCAAUACACCUUUGAGGUUGCCCCAGUCUUCACUAUUAUGGAGAAUGUUGUUCUCCAUAAGAUGAGAGACAUUGUGGGGUACACUGGAGGAGAUGGCAUCUUCUGUCCAGGUGGCUCUAUAUCAAACCUGUAUGCCCUGAAUGUGGCCCGUUAUCGCUACAUGCCUGACAUCAAGAAGACUGGGCUGUUUGGGCUGCCUAGACUCGUGGUUUUUACAUCCAAACAGAGCCAUUAUUCCAUCAAGAAAGCUGCUAGUGUCUUGGGGAUUGGAACCAACAACGUUGUGUUGGUCAACUGUGAUGAAAGGGGUAAGAUGAUAACGUCCGACCUUGAGGCACAGAUCCUGCGAGUUAAGGCUGAGGGCGCUGUUCCGUUCUUUGUGAACUGUACUGCCGGGACCACCGUGCUCGGGGCCUACGAUCCUCUGGAGGAGGUUGCCAACGUGUGCGAGAAACACGGACUGUGGAUGCACGUUGAUGCUGCCUGGGGUGGUGGUGUGAUGAUGUCACCAAAGUACCGUGCCAGUAGGGUACGCGGCGUGGAGAGGUCUGACUCUAUCACGUGGAACCCACACAAGAUGAUGGGCGCCGGGCAGCAGUGUUCCGCUUUUCUUCUCAAGCACGAGAACCUCCUACAACAUUGUCACGAGGCCAAGGCCAAGUACCUGUUCCAGCAGGACAAGUUCUACGACGUCUCGUACGACACCGGAGACAAGUCCAUGCAGUGUGGGCGCAAAGUGGACGUGUUUAAGCUGUGGCUGAUGUGGAAGGCGAAGGGUAACCAGGGCUUUCACCAGGACAUGGACGCUAUCUUCGACAAGACGAGGUACCUAGUGGAAAAAGUGAAGGCCAGGGAAGGCUUCAAGUUGGUUCUUGAUGAGCCCGAGUGCAGCAACGUCUGUUUCUGGUACAUUCCGCCCAGUCUGCGAGGGAAGGAGGACGAAGCAGACUACAAGGACAAACUGCACCAGGUUGCACCGAAGAUCAAGGAGAGAAUGGUGUUGUCAGGUACCAUGCUGGUCGGGUACCAACCUUUGGGCAACAAGCCUAACUUCUUCCGACAGGUGUUCUCGAGCCCUACUGUGACGGAGGAAGACCUGGACUUCCUGGUAGACGAGAUUGAACGUCUCGGUGAGGACUUGUAAUUGGGACAAACAGAACAGCUGUACUAGUGAGAGACCAACAAAGAACAUCCGUGUGAUACCUUCUUAGCAAACUUAGGGUGACGUCCCAUUGUGAAAUGCUGCAGAGAUGUUCUUUUUUGUUCAUUAAUGUCUGUAACACUGUAUACAUAGUGUAGUUGAAUUUAUAGACUACUAUUACUUAUUAAUAAGAAGUGUGAAGUUUCUUUCAAUAGACAGAUGUUGUCACAAAACCACAUCUUCUUGUCUCUAGUUUAGGAAAACCAGAUGCGAUGUUUUAGAAUCCUUCAAGGACACUGUCUAGAAACUGCAUCCAUCUACUUUCUACUUCAAAUUCCUAACUUUUGUGUUUUGCUUGUCUUACAAAAUGUAGUGUUGCUCUUAUUUUGCUGAGAAAUGUAUUGUAUCAAUACAGUUUGGCCAGAAAAGUCAGUCCAUCUGGUUAUGAACAAAGGUGUAUUAUGAGAAGCAAUUUUUACAGUGAAUUUCUUUUGCUGUUUUACAAAACAGUUGAUGUGGUAAGGUUGUUGAAGACUUUGUCACAUUGUGCUUGUU